AUGGUUGAUCAGCCAAUUAAGAAGAAGUGUGAAGAUGAUUUGUUAAAGUUCUUCUUACAUGGACACUACGAUGUCAAAUUUAAUUAUAAUAAAAAUGACGAACAACUAAUCAAAGUUGAUAAUAGUGUUGCCAUUUUAAAUGAUACAAACAUAAAUAUUAACGAUAAUUCUGAACAAGAAAUAGCUAUCACUAAUGAGCAGUCUACUUUAGAAAGCAGACCUAUACUGACAACAUGUAGUAAGACACCAAUCAAAGAUUAUUAUGGUGACAAGUUGGAGAAUCCACAAUGUGUUUACGAGGAAACAUACAUCAUUAAUAUAUCGGUAAAACCAAAAUUAAAUGAUGUGAAUAAAGAAGAUGAUGAAAAACGAACACGAAAAUCUAAAAAUCAAACAUUUGCUGUUAGUAUUGAGAAAACCGCCGUUGAUGAAACGCUGCCAUCGAAUAUUGAUGAUGAUCAACACGAAUCAAGUACCGAACAAUGUUGCGAUAAUAACAGUCUAUAUGAAAGUGAUGAUGAGUAUUUUGUUAAAAAACAGAAUUGGACUGGACCUAUUAUUACCGAAACGGCAUCAACAAAUUCUGAAAAAGUACCAGAAAAACAGUUCAUUGCUACCUAUGACGCCAAAAGUGCUGACAAGGAUUUAUCUCUCUCAGAUAUUCUUCAUAAGACACUCACAAACAUUGCACCACUACCACCGUUAAACAAAGAUAUCAACGACGAUGAUAAUUUCGAUACAGGCAAAACAAGUACCAUUUCUUCAUCAAUAUCGUUUUGUGAUGAUUCAAAAUCUCCAACGUAUAUCAACGAAAUUAUUGGCGAGGAUUGGUAUAUUGAUGAAAAUGGCAUUAUUCAAUCGGAAAAAUAUUCUGCGAAUAUUCAACAAAAACAUGAUUAUGAACAACUAAAACCAGUGUUAAAUGCUGUAGAAACAAUUAUUACUAACACAGUUCGAGAACAUCAAGCAAAUUCAAAUUAUUCAAUACAAAGCAGCUGCAAAGAUUCUGAGCAAGACGUACGACGACGGAAAAUAACAUCUGCAGAAAUUGAUCACUUUAAAAAACAACAAGGCAUAUCAAAAAGCAAGCAAACAAGCAAUAAUAAUCAACAAGGUCCGUUAAAUAUAAACGAAAUACUCAAAGGAAACAUAAGUGAUGACGAGAAAUUGAUGCAAUAUCUUGAUUAUAUCGAACGGCAAAGUAAUCAAGGGUUAGUUGUAAAACCAGAUACACAAAAAAAACUUUCACAACAGCAAUUUCAACCGUCAUCUACUGCACAAACAAAGCGGAAUAACAACUGCAGUUCCAAUCAAAUUAAUGAGUCUAAAGAAUCUUCACCUGCACGAAAACCAACAAAACAAAAAACUAUUCAAACAAAAGAUGAAUUAUCAUUAAAAUCUCGGCAAGAAAAAAAUAAUUUAUCAAAGGAAUUAGAUAAAAUAUAUCGUUCAUUAACUGUUACAGAUAUGUUGAAUAUCAGUGACGAAGUGAGAGGGAAAAUUAAAGGUUUAUAUAAUCUUAUUAAUGGUGAUGGUGGACAAAAUCAUCAAAACUCGAAAAAAAAUAUAGCACCAAAUAUUUCUCUUCAUCCAUCCCACCAACUACGCCAACACUCACAUCAUGUAGAAGCACAAUGUAGAUCACGCCAGGAGCUACGAAAAGCGACCAUACAACAAUUUAAAACAGCCGCGGAUAACAUCCACAGCGUACGUCCAGAACCACCAUUCACUGUACAACAAUCUUCGUAUGUGAGCACUUCCCCCAAUAACAAGUAUAAUCUUCGACAACAUGGACAACUAAAAACGUCUGAUACUGUCGAUUUGUAUCCAUCGGAAAUAUUACUGAAUGAUCAACAUACAUAUGCACACAGUCGUAGUAAUGUUAAUCUCAAAACAGUGUAUGCCGAUCGUGAUCAAUUAUUGCUUGACCAACAUUUAAAAUGUAUUGCCAUGUACAAUAAUUAUUUACGCUCUAUUCGUUCUCCUGCAGAAUAUCAACUUAUAAAUCAAAGAAGUAUACGUCACCGACUGCCAAAACAGAUAAAUCCUCCUCGUAUAUUAGAACAACAUUUUCUUAAUCAGUUUUACAAUUAA